CAUUAGCAUAUUGUAAUCAAGCUCAAUUAGCCUCACUAAUGUCUCGUUCAAAUUCAACUUGCAGUACUGCCACGGAUUCAUUGCCAUCAACAUCUUCAUCGGCCUCGACCAGCGAUACUCGUGCCACAGCAUCUUCGGCACUGACAACAGCAGCAGCAACCACGACAUCCCUGUCGUAUCGUGAUGAACAGCCGCAGGCAAUUCAUCCCCACCAUCAGAAUCAUCAUCCCCAUUCGCAUGGGGUAGCGGUGCCCACUCCGACGGUGCCAGCUUCUUACACCAGUUCAAGUCUGUUACACGAAUCGCGGCAUAUUCGAGCGGCCAGCAGCAGUGGCGAUGAGGCAAUACGAACCGCACUUACCUCACCGGCCACCACGGUAACACCUUCGACGAAUCUCUUGGUAUCACCGGAAACAGUAUCUCACACAUCGUCAGUAUCGCCUGCCAAAUUAUCGGCACGUAUACGUGAAUCGGGUUCACAGCAUCGUGUAACUAUCGAUGAAUCCAAUUUGCCCGUGGCCUCGCAAUUGACUUGUGGCGGUGAUGAUGGCGGCGGCGACGGUGGUGGUGAGGGCGGUAACGGUGGUUCGGGUCCUCCAUCGCCGGGUAUGUCUUCACAGCAGCAGCUGACAGGCGACGAACGACAGACUGGUCAUUUAGCGUUAAUGUAUCACUCUAGUCAGCUGUCCAGUUAUCCAGUGUUGCCAGCCAUCAAGAGAACACAUCGUCCUUCGUUUAUCUAUCCACCGAUGCCGAGAGUUAAAAAGAGCGAUGCUUUGGCAACUUUAUUCUCAGCACUAUAUGGCAAAUUAUUGGUUGUUAUGGGUAUUGCAUUUCCAAUGGCUGAAGUUAUCUCAACAUAUAUACCACCUUCAUUCUACGAG